AAGGUGGGUUGAUGAGUGGCUCUGUGUCCUUAUAUCUCCCCCAUUCUUUCUAGCAGGUCCUUGCGGGACGACCCUGGUGCAUGUGACCCAAUGUUGGGCGGCCCCCGGAGCAGCCUGGACACAUGAAGUGACUCUGAAGAGUGUGGCUCCCGUUCCUCCAGACCUCACCGCUGCCCCGUCAGGCUAAGAUGAGCAUAACCAGUGAUGAAGUCAACUUCCUGGUGUAUCGGUACCUGCAAGAGUCCGGGUUUUCUCACUCGGCCUUCACAUUCGGCAUUGAGAGCCACAUCAGCCAGAGCAACAUCAACGGGACGCUGGUGCCACCUGCAGCACUCAUCUCCAUCCUGCAGAAGGGGCUCCAGUAUGUGGAGGCCGAAAUCAGCAUCAAUGAGGAUGGCACAGUGUUCGACGGCCGCCCCAUUGAGUCCCUGUCUCUUAUCGACGCGGUGAUGCCCGACGUGGUGCAGACGCGGCAGCAGGCCUUCCGGGAGAAGCUGGCACAGCAGCAGGCUAGUGCGGCAGCGGCGGCGAGUACCACAGCUGCCACGACCACACCAGCGGGCACCACACCAGCAGUCGGUUCGCAGCCAAAUGCACCAAAGAACGGCGAGGCCACUGUGAACGGAGAGGAGAAUGGCGCACACGCCACAAACAACCAUUCCAAGCCCAUGGAGAUUGAUGGGGACGUGGAGAUCCCUUCCAGCAAGGCCACUGUUCUCCGUGGCCAUGAGUCCGAGGUGUUCAUCUGUGCCUGGAACCCAGUCAGCGACCUCCUGGCCUCUGGGUCGGGGGACUCCACUGCGCGGAUCUGGAAUCUGAAUGAGAACAGCAGUGGCGGCUCCACGCAGCUGGUGCUCAGGCAUUGCAUCCGCGAGGGUGGCCAUGAUGUCCCAAGUAACAAGGACGUCACCUCUCUUGACUGGAACAGUGAUGGGACCCUGCUGGCCACAGGCUCGUACGACGGCUUCGCCCGGAUCUGGACAGGAGACGGUAACCUCGCCAGCACCUUAGGCCAACACAAAGGUCCCAUCUUUGCCUUGAAGUGGAACAAAAAGGGGAAUUAUAUUCUGAGCGCGGGUGUAGACAAAACAACGAUCAUUUGGGAUGCGCAUACCGGCGAGGCCAAGCAGCAGUUCCCCUUCCACUCGGCCCCUGCCCUGGACGUGGACUGGCAGAACAACACCACCUUUGCCUCCUGCAGCACUGACAUGUGCAUCCACGUGUGCCGGCUGGGCUGUGACAGGCCAGUCAAGACCUUCCAGGGACACACGAACGAGGUCAACGCCAUCAAAUGGGACCCUUCGGGGAUGUUGCUAGCGUCCUGCUCUGAUGACAUGACGUUGAAGAUUUGGAGCAUGAAGCAGGACACGUGUGUCCACGACCUGCAAGCACAUAGCAAAGAGAUCUACACAAUCAAGUGGAGCCACGCGGGACCAGCCACUGACAGCAUGUUGGCCAGUGCGUCGUUCGACUCAACGGUGCGCCUCUGGGACGUGGAGCGGGGCGUGUGCGUGCACACCCUCACCAAGCACCAGGAGCCCGUCUAUAGUGUGGCCUUCAGUCCCGAUGGCAAGUACCUGGCCAGCGGCUCCUUUGACAAGUGUGUGCACAUCUGGAGCACUCAGAGUGGGAGCCUAGUGCACAGCUACCGGGGUACAGGUGGCAUCUUCGAAGUGUGCUGGAAUGCCCGAGGGGACAAAGUGGGGGCCAGCGCGUCCGAUGGCUCUGUGUGCGUCCUGGACCUACGGAAGUAAAGGCAGAGCAGAGCCGCCAAGACACUGAGCGCCUCAAUGGGAGUGGCCCAGCAGUGAAGGGACACAGUGGGUGACACUGACCUGCCCCACCCAAACUGGACGCACUUGGCCUGCAACACCAGCACGUCUCCCGGGCCACUUGAGGGUCCAUUGGUUUGUCUGUUUGCUUGUUUGUCCUGAAGCUUCACACCAAUGUCAGAGAGACACGCGUGUGCGGUGGAGUUGUCCUCGGACAGGAUGUACUGCGAGGCCAACAGGCUCAUGAAUUGAACUGAGCGAGGAGAAAGAGCGAGAGCUGUGCCAAAAA